AUGCUGUACCGCGACGAAAACCGGCUGGUCUUCCGCUACGAUGAUCAUACACUCUGGGUCGAGCCUCACGGGCCCAAUGCCUUGCGAGUGCGCGCGACAAAGCUUGCGCAGAUGCCUCUCAACGAUUGGGCGCUGAGCGAGGAAGUGAGCAGUUCCGGAAAUGUUGAGAUUCCCGAGGAAGCUCCGGCCAAGAUUACCAACGGCAAGAUUGAAGCCACGGUGUCGACGCGCGGCAAGGUGGUGGUGAAGAACAGCGCCGGCAAGCUCUUGCUGGAGGAGUAUGCAAGGCACCGACUUGACCUGACCGAUCCAAAGUGUAGCGCUCUCGCAAUUCAAGCACGGGACUUCCGCGGCAUUGCUGGAGGUGAUUUUCACACCACGCUGCGACUCGAGUCUGUGGACCCGGAGGAGAGAAUCUACGGCAUGGGACAGUAUCAGCAGCCGUAUCUCAACCUCAAAGGCACCGAUCUGGAGAUGGCGCAACGGAAUUCGCAAGCCAGCGUCCCCUUUAUGUACUCCUCCCUUGGGUAUGGCUUCCUCUGGAACAAUCCCGCCGUCGGGCGUGCAGUCUUGGGGAAGAACGUGAUGAGCUUCGAGAGCUAUUCUUCAACCAUCAUUGACUACUGGAUCGUCGCCGGUGACACUCCCGCCGAGAUUCUGGAAGCCUACGCCAAUGUCUCUGGACACGCGCCGAUGAUGCCAGAGUACGGGCUCGGAUUUUGGCAAUGCAAACUCCGAUACAGCACCCAGGAGGAGCUUCUGGAAGUUGCGCGCGAGUACAAGCGUCGUGAAGUGCCCCUGGAUGUCAUUGUCGCGGACUUCUUCCACUGGCCGCGGCAGGGAGACUUCCGGUUCGACCCGAAGUUCUGGCCCGAUCCCAAGGCAAUGGUCGACGAGUUGAAGGAGAUGAACGUCGAAUUAAUGGUCUCCAUUUGGCCGACUGUUGAGCCUGCAUCCGAAAGCUGGGAUGAGAUGAUGGAAGGCGGUAUGCUGAUUCGUCAUGAUCGCGGCGUGCGAGUGGCGAUGCAAGUUGGCGGCGACAGUACGAAUUUCGAUGCCACCAACCCGGCUGCUCGUUCGUACGUCUGGAACAAGGUCAAGAAGAAUUACUACGACCACGGGAUCAAGAUGUUCUGGCUGGACGAAGCGGAGCCGGAGUAUUCCGUGUACGAAUUCGACAUUUACCGCUAUCAUGCCGGAAGCGUUUUGCAGGUGGGCAACUCGUACCCCAAGGACUACGCCAGGGCAUUCUACGAAGGAAUGGAAGCAUCCGGCCAGGAGAAUAUCGUCAAUUUGCUCAGAUGUGCAUGGGCCGGGAGUCAGAAGUAUGGUUCACUUGUGUGGUCUGGAGAUAUUGCAUCAUCGUGGGGAAGUUUCCGCUCUCAGCUCGCCGCAGGGUUAAGCAUGGGAAUGUGCGGCAUCGUGUGGUGGACAUCAGACAUUGGCGGAUUCCACGGCGGCUGCAUACACGACCCCGAGUUUCACGAAUUGUUUGUCCGAUGGUUUCAGUGGGGGACGUUUUGUCCGGUCAUGCGCCUGCACGGAGACCGCGAGCCGAAGCCGCCCGGGGAGGAGAUAUCAUCGGGGGCAGCGAAUGAGAUUUGGAGCUACGGGGAAGAGGUCUACGAGAUCUGUAAAAAGUUCAUCGGCAUUCGCGAGCAGCUCCGACCGUACACCAGAAAGCUGAUGCAGGAGGCGCACGAGAAAGGGACUCCAGUCAUCCGACCGCUCUUCUUCGAGUUUCCGCAAGAUCGAAAGGCCUGGACUGUGGAGACACAGUACAUGUACGGAGACAAAUACCUCGUCGCACCGGUAUUGUCUCCCAACCAAAGGGAAAUGAAGGUGUACCUGCCAGCGGGAAGUCAAUGGAAGCCGUGGAGCGGUGCAGGGGUGUACGAGGGCGGAGUUGAGCUUGACUUCCCGUGCCCGAUAGACAAGAUGCCCGUCUUUGUGCGGGCAUGA